CCAGCGUCUUCUCGAAAUAAAGCAGCACGUAAAAAGAUGUUAAAUAAUCGUCAACCACAAAUCAACAUACCUUUCCCUCCAACCAUUACUAUUGCUGAGUUGUUAACACCCAAAAAAAAUUGUAUAAAAUCAAAGGCUCCCAACUGUUUCAUGAUUUAUAGACAAAAUUAUGUACGUGAAUUGCAAAAUCAGAAGCUUUCAUAUGCCAUGACGGAUAUUUCAGGCUUUAUCAGUGACAGUUGGAAAAAUGAAUCACCCAAUGUCGUGGAAUUUUAUAAAAAUCUUGCUCAAGAAGCGAACAAACAACACAAACAAAAGUAUGGGACUGUACCUGUUCCACCUCGUAACAGGAAAAAUAAUAUUAAAAAGGAAAAGGAAAAAAAACUUACUGCGAAAUCACGACAAUCAGACAAGAAUGAAUCCAAAAUACAAACUCCACAAAUUUCCGACGAUGUUUUACCAGCAGUCGCGCAAAAUAAUUAUGAUUAUUUUCAAGAAUUCACCCCUUAUCAAUGUAUGCCCUAUUUAUUUGAUGAAUAUUUACCACUUUGUUCUUAUCCUGGUCCUGAAGAAUUAUUUGGCUAUGUUUAUCAUCCUAAUAUAUGACAUACAUACUGUACGUAUAUAAAUGUACAUGUAUAUAUUAUUUUACUUUCAGUUAAUAAAUUUCUUCUUCUA